AUGCCGUCGGUUUCGAAAACGGCGGCCAAUGCUUCUCCUCAAACUGAGAAACCUACCCAUUAUACCUAUUUGAAGGAGUUCAGGACGGAGCAGUGUCCGCUGUUCCUUCAGCACAAGUGUACGCAGCACAGACCCUUUACCUGUUUCCACUGGCAUUUCCUCAACCAGCGGCGAAGGCGGCCCAUCAGAAGACGAGACGGGACUUUCAACUACAGCCCCGAUGUCUACUGCACAAAGUACGACGAGACUACAGGGAUUUGCCCGGAUGGAGACGACUGUCCAUACUUACACCGAACCACUGGUGACACAGAACGAAAGUAUCAUCUGCGUUAUUACAAGACAGGCACUUGCAUCCAUGAGACAGAUGCUCGUGGACAUUGUGUGAAGAAUGGCCUGCACUGUGCUUUUGCCCAUGGCCCACAUGAUCUCCGACCCCCAGUCUAUGACAUCAGAGAGAUCCAAGCACAGGAGGCCCUCCAGAAUGGACAGUUGGGAUCAGGGGAGGGAAUCCCUGACCUUCAGCCAGGUGUGCUGGCCAGCCAAGCCAUGAUUGAGAAGACACUUACGGAAGACCCCAGAUGGCAAGAUACCAAUUUUGUAUUAGCAAACUACAAAACGGAUCAAUGCACCAAGCCUCCAAGACUAUGCAGACAGGGGUAUGCCUGCCCCCACUACCACAACAGUCGAGACCGAAGAAGAAACCCGCGCAAGUUCAAGUACAGGUCAACCCCAUGCCCUAAUGUGAAACAUGGGGAUGAGUGGGGUGAGCCCUCCAAGUGUGAAAGCGGAGACAGUUGCCAGUAUUGUCAUUCCCGCACCGAGCAGCAGUUUCACCCUGAGAUCUACAAAUCCACCAAAUGCAAUGACAUGAGGCAAACUGGAUACUGUCCCCGAGGACCGUUUUGUGCAUUCGCACACGUGGAAAGAAUUCCCUCUACAGAGGAAACCAUGAGCUCAUUACUAACAGCGAUUCAGUCAGGUUCACAGAGCCAGCUGAGCUCUCAGCAGUAUUCAGAGUGUCCAGGCAGUGAAUGGAACAGUGGAGGCAACGCCACCACCAGUGUGACCAGCAGCAAUGGCCAAGUAGGAAGUGUUUCAUGUUCUAAUAGCCCAACUGUAACGCCAAGCUCAGGAAGCAACAGUUUGUUAUCCCCAGUGGGAUCCGUCGGCAGGCCCAAACCCUUAACUAAUGGUAGUUUAUGUUCAGAGUCCACCACAUCCAGUGUGUCAUCUCUGACGUCUAACUAUCCUAAAGCUCCGGGCUUUGAACGUGAGGAUCAGGUACACAGUCUGCUUUCUAAUAAGGGACAGGUGGAUCAAAAACUGGUGGACCUAGACAAGACACAAAAUACAACGUUCUCUGCAGUGAACCCUCUGGCAUCAAGCAUUACGUCAAGUAUAACAUCAAGUCUAGCCUCUAGUAUUGGUUCAGACAGCUCCUCACCCACCACCUUAUCAACCAUGAACGCGAAAGCCACUCCUUUCUAUCCAGGGAGCAAUACAGUAGAAUCUGUCAUAGGAUCUGCUCUUGACCUGAACUUCAGUGACAUUAAUGUUGCGUCUCUUGAUAAAGAGCUAGAAGAUCAAGAAAACAAUGUAGGAUUAGCAAGUCAAAGGCUGCUUGCUGGAUCUGCUCCGGUCAACAUUCCCGGCUCCCUUGCGCGAUCCUCCUCCUUUAAUUCUUCCUCCUCCCUCUCCACCUCCCCUCUGAGUUCCCUCUCCCAGUCUCUUUCCCAGUCCCUGCUGUCAGGAAUGGUAUCCCAGCCAAAUCAGCCCCCUGCCAUAUUGACUAAACAAGAGCACGGUAUCCUGGGAACACCCACCUCCUCUUCCCAGAACUCCCUGGGCUUGAAUGGAGGAACUGGCAACAUAUGGGACUUUGUAAGUGGCAGCUUUUCCCCCAGCCCAUCUCCAGUAUUCAGCAGCCUCACCUCAACAACCAGCACUGCUGAUCUGGCCCGCCUUUUCAGAGAGCUGGACGAGGCCAAGAGGAAGAUCAAACAAUGGGAGGAAGCCUGGCAUCAGGUCAAACAGGCUUUUGAGGCUUGCCAGAAAGAUGCUCAUGAGGCAAAAGAGCAAGCAAAAUCCGCCGAGGUGGAGCGACAGCUGGCAGAGCAGAAAUGGGAGGAGACAGAGCGCAAGCUGAAAGAGCUCCAGGGAGACUUUGAUGCGUUCUGCCGCACCCCCAGGAUGCCACUCCUACGCAGCUAUGGAGAGCUGGACCAGCUGCCCCUGUCGAAGCUCCAUUCCAUCCAGAAUCAGCUGCGUAGUGACCUAGACCUCAUUGACGGGGUAAUUUAUCAGCUACAGUCAAAGAAAUGUAUAGUUUGCCAAAAGCAUGAUCGUUGCAUCGUUCUGCAGCCUUGCCAACAUUAUGUACUUUGUGAGAACUGUGCGCCUAGUAAAACAGAAUGUCCCUACUGUAGAACAAAAAUAUUGAAGUGGUGA